AUGCGGGACGAUGUCUCUAGUCCCUUUCUCAUUCCAGAGCCAAAUUGGGUUCCUGACAAUGAAUAUGGACAUUGCAUGCAGUGCCAAGGACGGUUUGCCUUAAUGAAUAGACGGCACCACUGUCGACGUUGUGGACGCCUGUUCUGUAGCCGUUGCUGUGAAAAUAAGGUUGCCCUUCCUCGCAUGUGUUUUGUAGAUCCUGUCCGCAUGUGUGACAUUUCUUUCUCUGUUUCGCUCUUUCUUUCUCUCUGCGUCACAUGCUCUUUCUCUUUCUUUCUCUCUGCGUCACAUGCUCUUUCUCUUUCUUUCUCUCUGCGUCACAUGCUCUUUCUCUUUCUUUCUCUCUGCGUCACAUGCUCUUUCUCUUUCUUUCUCUCUGCGUCACAUGCUCUUUCUCUUUCUUUCUCUCUGCGUCACAUGCUCUUUCUCUCUCUCUCUCUCUCUCUGUGUCGCGUGCUCUUUGUCUCUCUCUCUCUCUCUGUGUCGCGUGCUCUUUGUCUCUCUCUCUCUCUCUCUGUGUCGCAUGCUCUUUGUCUCUCUCUCUCUCUCUCUCUGUGUCGCGUGCUCUUUCUCUCUCUCUCUCUGUGUGUCGCGUGCUCUCUCUCUGCGUGUCGCGUGCUCUCUCUCUGCGUGUCGCGUGCUCUCUCUCUGCGUGUCGCGUGCUCUCUCUCUGCGUGUCGCGUGCUCUCUCUCCCUCUCUCUGUGUCGCAUGCUCUCUCUCUCCCUCGCGCUCACUCUCUCUCUCUUGAAUUCCAUGUAUCUGAUGACCUAGACAGUGAGAUUUCAGAUAACAGUGCAACCUUUUUCUGCAAGUUAUCUUCAGAUCAUCGCUUUCUUCUGUUUGAAAGCGACACAGAAGUCAAGGAACCUUUGAUGCUAGAUAAAGUUGAAAACAUUCAGAUACUUACACCAGGUGUCGAUCCACAAGACUUUUCUUUUUCUUUUUUUUCUUUUCUUUUUUCUUUUCUUUUUCUUUUUUUUCUUUUCUUUUUUCUUUUCUUUUUCUUUUCUCUUCCUUUUUUCUUUUCUCUUUCUCCUCUCUCUAUCCCUUUCUCCUCUCUCUAUCCCUUUCUCCUCUCUCUAUCCCUUUCUCCUCUCUCUAUCCCUUUCUCCUCUCUCUAUCCCUUUCUCCUCUCUCUCUCCCUCCCUCCUCUCUCUCUCUCAUUUCCCCCCCCUCAUUUCCCCUCUCUCUCUCAUUUCCCCUCUCUCUCUCAUUUCCCCCCUCUCUCUCAUUUCCCCCCUCUCUCUCUCAUUUCCCCCCCUCUCUCUCUCUCAUUUCCCCCUCUCUCUCUCUCAUUUCCCCCCCCUCUCUCUCUCUCUCUCUCUCAUUUCCCCCCCUCUCUCUCUCAUUUCCCCCUCUCUCUCUCAUUUCCCCCUCUCUCUCUCAUUUCCCCCUCUCUCUCUCUCAUUUCCCCCUCUCUCUCUCUCAUCUCUCCCCCCUCUCUCUCUCUCUCCCUCUCUCUCUCCCAUCUCCCCCCCUCUCUCUCUCCCAUCUCUCCCAUCUCUCUCUCUCCAUCUCCCCUCUCUCUCCCAUCUCCCCUCUCUCUCCCAUCUCCCCCUCUCUCUCCAUCUCUCUCCCAAAGAUAA